GACGCAGAUGGACAAGGGAAGGGAGAGAAUGGCCGCUGCCGCCGCCGCCGCCGCCGCCGCUCCGUGCCGCAGCCCGCGGUGCGCGGCGGAGAGGAGAGGGUUCCGGCGGGAGCUCGACUCCUGGCGCCACCGCCUCAUGCACUGUGUAGGUUUUGAGAGUAUUUUAGAAGGGCUUUAUGGACCACGGCUACGAAGAGACCUCAGUUUAUUUGAAGACUGUGAACCAGAAGAGCUGACUGACUGGUCUAUGGAUGAAAAAUGUUCAUUUUGUAACCUACAGAGAGAAGCAGUCAGUGAUUGUACACCACCUCUUGGUUCUUCACAGUCGACACCAACAGAGGAGCUGUCAUCUCAGGGCCAGUCCAACACUGAACAGAUUGAAUGCCAAGCAGAAAAUUACCUAAAUGCACUCUUUCGAAAGAAAGAUCUUCCUCAGAACUGUGAUCCUAACAUUCCCCUAGUUGCUCAGGAAUUAAUGAAAAAGAUGAUACGUCAGUUUGCAAUUGAGUAUAUUUCAAAAAGUGGUAAAAUACAAGAGAAUAGAAAUGGUUCAAUUGGAACAAGUCUAAUAUGUAAAAGUAUCCAAAUGAAUCAAGCAGAAAACUCCCUUCAGGAAGAGCAGGAAGGCCCCUUAGACCUCACUGUGAAUCGAAUGCAAGAACAAAAUACUCAGCAAGGGGAUGGAGUGUUAGAUCUCUCUACAAAGAAAACCAGCAUAAACGCUGAAGAGUCAUCCAUAUGUGAUCCUUCUUCUGAAAAUUCAGUGGCUGGUUCAACUGUUGAUGCAAAAUCAGAGGAAGCUACUAAAAUGGAAAGAGGAAAAUCAGCAUUAAGCCAAGUUUGGGCGUCUUUGUGCGCACAGCACCAGCAGCAAGUUUUGGCUGUGUUGAGAUGCCUAGUCCAGGCGCAGAGUGCUGCUUCUCUUUGCUGUUGUACCACAUCGUGUCCUGUGUCCUCAGGACCUCAAAAACCCCUCACUGAAGAUGAGUUAGAUGGUCUGUUCUGUAGUUGUGAAUAUAGGCUGGCAGAAAGAGGGUGUUUACACGAUGAAAGACAGAGCCCUGGUUUUGUGCCUCUGCCAGUCUGUAUUAAAGAUUUACAUUGUUUAUCUUGCCAGACUGUAACUGUUGACCACAUUAAGACAGUAAUGACUAGAGGAAUUGGGAACAGUUAUGAUUCUCACAGGUGCUGUUCUGGACUGUUACCAAGCAUUCAUUCCGCAAAAUCAGCCUCUCAGACUCCUCUUUCAUCGAGGGACGUCUGUGACGUUUCAGUGAGUCUUAAAGAUGUCUGUAGAUCUCGGAGUCCUUCACCCCCACCGUUAUCACCUGUACAGACGGAAGGAUUUGAGAAAUUGAAAGGUGUCAUCUCAGAGCUUUCCGCCUUAGAAAAUAACAGACUUGAAACCAACGUCAACCAGCCUCCGUCUCUGACACCAGCAGAGAUAAACAAUGACGGAGACGGUCAUGAAGGCAAAACGCAUAAAACUGAAAAGCCCAGUAACUCUGAUUCUUUGCUCUUGGAAGACAGCAAUAAUUGUACUACAAAUCAUGAAAAAGGCGAAACUACUGUAAUUUUUCAAGAUUUAAUGGAUCGUAUUAAUGAAAAAUUAAAAUCAAUAGAAACGAUAGAUAUGACAAACCUUAUAAAAUUCUCUAGCAGUGAUUGUAAUACAGAUAAUGAUUUAAAGUUGAGAGACUUAAUAACCUCUCUCUUGCAAAAUGCAAAGGCCAGUGACUACAGUUUUAUGGAAUUACUAAGUCAACAUGAUAAAAAGGUGGAAAAUAAAAUUAUUCAGACAAGAUUUCGUAAGCGUCAAGAAACCUUAUUUGCCAUGCACCACUCUCCUGACUCACCCGUAUUUAGAAGACAGUCUUUACAGAUAAAAAGAGAACUUGCUAGUCUUGAUGAAAACUUCACAAGAAAAAAAUACACUGAAAAAAAUCCAAGGAAAUUUAUGCACAAAGAUGAACUAUUUUCAGUGGACAAAGAAGAAUUCUAUCAUUGCCAAGGGCCUUCUUUACAAAACUCUAAAAGCCCUCACAAUAAUAAUCGUGCAGAAACAUUUUCACUGGAUUGUGGGUUACAGUCAUUGCAACUACCUCUUCUUAAUUUAGAAACUAACUUGGCUUUUGAUGCAUUCUCAGAAAGCUUUAAAACAACUUCUCCUGAGAAAACGAGCAUGAGAAAAUCACAGGAGAAAUCUGUGGCUGGAAAAGUUUCUUUGCAAAAUCAUAAGGAGAAUCCAAAAUUAGCGAAUACUCAAACUCCUUUGAAAAGUGACAUGCCUGAACUUUUGAGCAGAGCUAAACGAAACAUUGUCCCCCCAGGGUGGUAUUCUAUAUACGUAACAAAUAAUUAUGUUUUCAAAAAAUCCCCAAAGGCCAAAAAAGUGUCUGACUCUACAAAAAAAAAAGAUCCAGUAAAAAAUAUUCAGAUUGAAAGCUCACACAAUAUGGAUUUAAACAAAAUUGCCAUGAAUUCUAAUUUACAAGUUGUUGUGGAACGUUUGGAAGACACAAUAAAUAUGGCCAAACGGUCCUGGAAUACGCAGUCGUUAUCGGAAGGAUAUAAAGCAUCCAAGAAGUUGAUAGAGAUUGAUGGUAAAGAUCAACCUGCUGGUAGAAAUGGGACCCCUACUGUAAGUAGAAUGGCCUGCAAAGAGCAGAGUUUAUCAAAGUCCGCAGUAGCACCCACCAGUGUUAAAAGCAGUCAUGCACCUACAACAGAUUUGAAUCACAGAAGACCUGAUAACCAGAAAAAGUCACCCGUGAAAACAGGCAGCUUGAUUUCCAGCAUGGAAAAUGUACCAACAAAAUAUGAAGCCAUUGAAAGCUCUUCUUUUGCCAACUAUUCUAGUCCUAUCAAACUCAUGUUUUUAUCUGAGGUUAAAAGCAGUGAAGGAGUCAAAUAUACUUUAACGUCCGUCGGUAAUUCCGAAUCAGAUCGUGACCUUCCUUCUUCUGAAAAACGACCACCUCGUCAGGUAAAUGGGAAAAAAAAGGAAACAAAUGAGAAUAUCCCAAAUUCUAAUAACUUCGAAAAUUAUAAUUCUAAUCUUAAUGAUAGUGACACUCUCCAGAAAGAACUAAACAAGUUCAAUUGUGCAAAAGAAACUGCGGAAUCCUCUGCAGCGUUUACAGACGACGUGCGUGGUGAGGAGCCGCACGGGGGGCUUAAAGGGUAUUCAGGCAGUGCUGCGGAUCCAUCGUUUAAGAGAAAACCAGGUCGGCCUAAAAAAAUAGGUCCCCAGGUUGUGAAACAGAUUAAGAGACCAAUUGGAAGACCACCAAAACCUAAAACGGACCAAACGGACAUCACCGUUUGUCAAAAGGAGUCCUUUAGUACUGAAAAGAAAAGCCCGGAAUCUCUCACAUCAGAGGUAAAAGAAGGUGUAUAUAAAAAAAGUAUUACGGUCACUGUUAUUUAUGGAAGGUCAAGAAGAACUAAAAGGCAUGUUUCUGAAGGAAGUGUAAACAUAAGCAGUGGUGUGUCUUUAAAUGAUAAUAUUGCUGAUUUCCCAACAGGAUACAACAGUCUCAGAAAUAUUAGAGAAUAUGAAAUUGACUCGGGUGAAAGAAUAAGUGCUAUUUCAAGUGUGACUACUGAAAGUGAGAUCUUGGGGUCUGGCUUUGAAUUUGUUAGACCUAUCAAGAACAAGUCUGUGAUACCUCAACCUCCCAAGAACAUUAUUCGACCAAAUCAGAAGUCUUUGGCAAUCGUUAGGAAGCCUGGUAGACCUGCAAAAGUGAAAAUCUCUGGCAUAUCUGUGACUAUUAACAGAAUUUCACCUCAAGAGAGAGAAGUAAGUAUUAGCAGCUGCUUACCUCCUCUAGGACAAGAGAACACGUUAGAAAAAAAUCCGCCUGAAGAGAAGUGUGACCGGCAGGGCAUCGUGGAUGCAAGGCGCCCUGAAGCGGACGCGUGUAGGAAUGGAUCGAAGAGUGUGGUCGCUGCUGUACCUCUGAGACACUCUGUUAGGGAUCGAAAACCCUCUCUGCAUUUCUUACAUUCAUUAGCAUCUUCCAGCUCACUUAUUUAUGGAAAUGCUCUGCUCCACGGGUCGUGUAAACUCCACUUGCAGGAAGGUAAACACCAGAAGGACAGACAGAAGCAGGCAAGGAUUCAAAUAGCUUCCAGACGUGCCCCGGGAGCUGGAAACUCAAGGAAGGCGAAAAAGCGUUUGGAAGACAACUUAAUACCCAUCUCUGAAGUAUCCUUGGACCCUAUAAUUUCAUCAAACCCUUUGCUCAGGUGGUGGGCUGCUUCUACUUCAAACGAUUCCUUAUUAGAGGAAUUAAACAAUAGAUUUGAGCAAAUAACAAAUGCUUGGGUGCCCGUGAGUGGAGAUGAAGCUGAAAAUUGUAUUCAUAAAAAAAGAGAACACAUUGAACAUAACUUCAAAAUAGCAAGCCCUUUGGACACCUGUCUCUUAGAACUUGAAGUUUCACCUGUAAAAAUGCUUUUUCAGAAGAAGUAUGAUUUGAGUGCACUCAGUACCUGGUUUAUGCAAACAACAGAAACACAGUCUCUUUCACUAGUUAGAAAAGCAAAUGCACGAAACCCUUUGGAAGUAAUAAACACCAGAGGGAUUAAAUUAGGCACCAAGCUCUCUGAUUUUAACACCAGCCCCUUCAGAAAGCACUUUAAGAAAUUUGCACUAUCGUCUCCUUCAAAAUCAGCAGGGAAGCUGCAUAUACUGCAUAAAAUGGUUAGCUCUCCACUCUUAAAUGUGAGAAGUAACUUAACACUAACUAGGUUAAAAAGAACUGAGUUGAAGAGGGUGCGACGUGAAAGGUGGAGAAGAACAGGUUCUUGGAUCUCUAAAAGCAGGAACUUGAGAUUUUUUUGCCAGAACCAGUUUUUGAGUCAGACUGAGGGGGGAACAAAUGCUGACAUCCCACUCCAAGGAAAAAACACCGUAGAUAAUCAGUUUAUUUUGCCACCUGAGAUCAGGGAUGACUUUUUGCAACCGAGGGUGGCAAUGUCUGACUUCAAAACACAUGCUAGUUUAGAGAAUAAAUUUAAGUCAGAAGCAAAGGAGAAUGGAGCAAACUGCAGCCAAAAAGAUUUUGAAAAGGGACCAAGACUAGGAAAUGUAUGUCCAAACAACUGGAGGUCAAAAACCUUAAAAGAUUGUAGAAUAUUUUUGAGGAAGAUCAACUGUCUUGAACACAGAAAUACUUUUAAGUUAAAUACAAUCAUUUACUCUCCUGAAUCUGUUAACAGUGGGAGUAGUCAUCAAACUCACAUAGAAGAAUCAAAGCGCUUUACCUUAAGAUCCCAUUCUGCUAGGCAAAAUUCUUUUAAAAAGCAGUCUAUAGAGAUAGAAAAUACUAAAGCAAAUAGUCUUUCAAGCGAUAAAGUUCCUGGCCAACUUGACAAUAGUAAAUUAAGUAAAUGUGUUAACUGUGACAGGAAUCCUUCCGAUAAUUCUGAAGUUCUUAGCAAAUUGAACAAAAGAAAAAGACCACCAUGGAAGACCACAGAAAUGUCAACCAAAAGACAUAAACGACAGUCUUGCAACAGUGGACAAAUGGCAAACUAUUAUUCAAAAUCCCAACUAGCAUGCUACAAGUGAAAACUGACGAGAAACUGAAUUUGUCUGAUGGGAAUACAGCAAGUUGCCCUUUGAGCCCCAUUAAGAUGUGCCUUAAUCGUCCCAUUGAGUGGAACCUGAGUCUGACAGCAGCAUCUCUAGCCAGCUGUACAGUUCAU